UCCGCCAUUUCCAUAUCCUCGCCCUCGAUCUUUCUCUGAAACCGAUUGCUUCUGCAUCCCGAUCCCUUCGUCUCCAGGAUUCGACCUCCCAAGAUCCGCGGGCUUUUUUUUUAAUUUCCCCGGCGAGUCCCGAGCUUCGGCGUCGGCCGCAUCGAUGGCGUCCGCGGACUACUCGUACUGGUGCCACCGCUGCAGUCAGGUCAUUCGGGUCGAGACCCGCGAUUCCGGGUCCGUCGCCUGCCCCAGCUGCGGCGGCGGGUUCGUCGAGGAGCUCGAGUCCCCGUCCUCCGCCGCCGCCGCCGCCGCCGCCGCCGCCGCCGCCGGCCCUCCUCCGCGCCACCGGUUCCCCGCGGCCGCCAUGUACCCCGGCAGCGGCUCCGAUUCGGACUUCGCGCCGCGGCGCAGGAGGAGGAGCGGCAGCGACAGAUCCCCUUUUAACCCGGUUAUCGUCCUCCGCGGAGCGGCCGACGGCGGCGGCGGGGACGAGGGGAUUGCGGUCGAAGGAGGUAGCAAUUACGAGCUGUAUUAUGAUGAUGGUUCGGGUUCUGGCUUGCGGCCGUUGCCCGCGAGUAUGUCGGAUUUCUUGAUGGGUUCGGGGUUCGAUCGGCUGCUUGAUCAGCUGGCUCAAUUGGAGAUAAAUGGGAUUAGGAGGUUAGAGAAUCCCCCGGCUUCGAAGGCUGCUAUUGAGUCUAUGCCCGUGGUUAAGAUCAUCGGGAAUCAUAUAGAUGCCGAAUCGCAUUGCGCUGUUUGUAAGGAAGCUUUUGAGCUUGAUGGUGAAGCUAGAGAAAUGCCUUGUAAGCACAUCUACCAUGCUGAUUGUAUAAUGCCUUGGCUUUCGAUUAGGAAUUCGUGUCCCGUGUGUCGGCAUGAAUUGGCGAGUGAUAUACAAAGCAGUGUGAGUAAUGUGAAUGAUAGAGAUGGGAUUCGAGAGGAGGAUUCGGUGGGGUUGACGAUAUGGAGGCUCCCGCGAGGCGGGUUUGCAGUGGGGAGGUUUACAGGGGGAAGGAGAGCUGCUGAGAGGGAGUUGCCCGUUGUUUACACUGAAAUGGAUGGUGGUGGGUUCAAUGCAGGCGGGGUUCCAAGGAGGAUUUCGUGGGACUCAACUAAUAGGAGAGCCAGAGAGAGGAGUGGGUUGCGCCGGGCAUUUCGCAGUUUCUUUUCAUUCUUUGGGAGGCUUCGAACUUCAUCGCCCAGAUCAGAUGCUGAUCCUGAACCGGGGUCUACGAGGAGAGGUCACUUAACUGCUGUAUUUGGUAGAUCCUCACGGAGGCGCGGCCAAGUCUUGUUCUAGCUUAAGGGGAAUCAGCUGUCAACUUUUCCCUCAUCUUCAAAUUAGUCUGCACUUGAUGGUGCAUUUGGCUGGCUCAAUUUGAUGCGUGGCAAAGGUUGAAAAUUUGCACAGUUAUUGUAGAUAAUAACACCAAUGGAAGUAGGAUGAAGAAACUCUCUUUUGAAGGUCAUCUGUUUGAGGAGUAAAUUGUGUAAGGGUGCGUUUCCACACAAAUUUUGGCCAGAGCAAGUAAGAAGUUUCCGAUGCAAUGCAUGUAAUGGGCUUUCAGAGGUAGAGAAUAGGUCAUUGUACAUGGCUUCAGCUCUGCCGACAGCUAUAUUAGAGGAACUCUAUCAGUUUUUGUUGGCUUAAAAGUUAUGAAAGCAAUUUUUAACCUUUUCCUCCA